CAUCAUCUCUCUCUGUCCCUGUGUCGGCCUAAAACCUUGUCUCUAGGGUUUAUCAUUACCAUGGAGAAACAGAAUCCUCAACCAGUCUGCGGCCAAGAGGCUCUCCUUCUUCUCAAUUGCGUCACUGAGUCUCCGUACGAUUUAGAGAAAUGCAUCCGGUUCCUGCAAUCUCUCAGGGAAUGCGUUCUCUCAAAGAAAGUUAACAAGUUCGUGAUACCGAGUCAGGAACAUGCCAGUGAGGGAGCAGGAGGCUCAGCUACCAAGCAACCUUCAUAACGUUCUCUGUUUCCCAUUUCUUUUGAGAUGUAAUCUCACAUACUUGAUUUCAUAUAAGACUCGGAACAAGAGGUUUCCAUAUUGUAGCUUUGUAUGUCUAAAACUGGAAGGAGCUAAAGAGAAAUAUUCAAGUGGCUGUUUGAUUCUCUGUAAACUACUUUCUGAUGCCAACCAAAUAAGUUCAGACAA